UCUCGCUUGCCAUGAUUGAUGGUGCUGCUAAGUUUGUCGAGAGCACCAUUGUCACCGUUCUCCGUAGGAGGCGGCGGAGAGUUGUUCUUGGGUCGCGAAGAAAAGAGAAUCACUGUGAAUGUGAGAGCACCACCGAUCAAGCCACCGCCGCUUCUCGUCGCGAUCAUUACGAUCGUUGCGACACUGGCCGCUGCAAGCCACGGUGCACGGAUAGUAGGGUUUAUGGAAAGUAUGAAUUGGAGGAGAUCGUGGCCGUCCAUUCUGUUUCCCUUGCCUAGUUGGCAAAUCCGACGUGGCUCGUACUUUCAGCUGAAUCGGCUAACCACCAGGAGCCCUAAAAUUCCGUGGAGGAGCCAUGCUACUAUCAUGAGUGAAGCUCAAGGGGCAUUGAGUCGAAUCAAUGGCUUGCAGGAUGUGAUUGGAACGAUGAUUGUAGCAGCGAAUGGAAAUGUAUUGCGAACUACACUGCCUCAGGAUCUGGCUUUCAAGUAUGCGACGAAGAUCCCGAGCUUGGCAGCCAUGGCUCGCAGCGGCGUUCGCGAGCUCGACCCCCAGAAUGAUCUCCAGAUGCUGAGGAUAAAGACGCUGCUCCACGAGAUAAUUGUCAUAGCCGAGCCUCUGUUUACGCUCUUGGUGGUCCAGAAUUGCAAGGAGAAAGACCCCACGCCCGAGAGCUCUUCUUCACCCGACGAGGACAAAGAAUCGUCCAGCGAGUAGCUCGACCGUCUCCACUAGAAGUUUUCUCGAGAAAAAAAUGCACCUGUACACUGUUGCUUCAUCGUCGUCAUGGUUUGGAAAUCCUGUAGAGAAAGCCACUCA